GGACCACAAUGUAAAGUGGUAUAAUUUAAUCACCAUUUCUAUAAUUAACCCUGUAAAAACACUAACACAUUCGUGUUGAAUUAGGAGGAGGGGUUGUUCAUAAAUUCAUAUUCAUUCAGGCCGAUAAUUCAAGUAACUACGCGCCACGCCUGUGGCUCUGAAGCAGAUAUUAACCCAAAAUGAUAAACCAAAAUUACCCAAAAAUAGAAGAUCAAAGCCCUAAGCUUUCCCAAAUUCGAAAGCUUUCGCCCACUCGCGGAAAUCAGCCACCGUUCUUCUCUGAUUCUGCUGCCUUCACUUGAGGUAUUACUAUGAAGGUCUGUUUGGAAGAUCAGAGUCUCUUCUCAGAAACAGAUAACAAACUACUUUUAACUAAACAUCAUGGAUAGAAAUCAAAAUUUGGGUGAAACAGUGGUGGAUGGUCCAGAAAAUAUGAAUGGUGGUAGAGUGAGUGAAAAUAUGAAUAUGGUUGCUGUUGUGGAAGAAGUGCAGAAUAGAGGUGGCGUAGUCAUUAGCUCUCCUAAAAGGGACAUUCAAGUGUUUGAGGGAGACACAGAUUUUGAACCUUGUAAUGGCAUUGAAUUUGAAUCACAUGAGGCAGCAUACUCAUUUUAUCAAGAAUAUGCCAAGUCUAUGGGAUUCACCACGUCAAUAAAAAACAGUCGGCGUUCAAAGAAAUCGAAAGAGUUUAUUGAUGCCAAGUUUGCAUGUUCCAGAUAUGGAGUCACACCAGAGUCAGAUAGUGGGACAAGUCGUCGACCAACUGUGAAAAAGACAGACUGCAAAGCCAGCAUGCAUGUGAAGAGGAGGGCAGAUGGAAAGUGGAUUAUUCAUGAAUUCAUAAAGGAGCAUAAUCAUGAGCUUUUACCUGCUCUAGCAUAUCAUUUUCGGAUUCAUAGAAAUGUAAAGUUAGCUGAAAAGAAUAAUAUUGACAUUUUGCAUGCAGUUAGUGAACGAACUAGAAAGAUGUACGUUGAAAUGUCUAGACAAUCUGGCGGGUAUCAAAAUACUGGGUUUACUACGACUGAUUCAAACUAUCAGUUUGAUAAAUGCCGGGACUUGGGUCUAGAUGAGGGAGAUGCUCAAGUAAUGCUUGAAUACUUUAAGCGAAUCCGGAAGGAGAAUCCCAAUUUCUUCUAUGCAAUAGAUUUGAAUGAAGAGCAGCGUGUGAGAAAUUUGUUUUGGGUUGAUGCAAAAAGUCGGAGUGAUUAUAGGAGUUUUAAUGAUGUUGUCUCUUUUGAUACUUCUUAUAUCAAAACAAAUGAUAAGUUGCCAUUUGCUCCUUUUGUUGGGGUGAACCACCACUUUCAGUCAAUGUUGCUUGGUUGUGCGUUGGUUGCUGAUGAUACUAAAUCAACAUUUGUAUGGUUGUUGAAGACGUGGCUUAGAGCAAUGGGUGGACAAUGUCCUAAAUUGGUUAUCACUGAUCAAGACCAAACCUUGAAGGCAGCGAUUGAUGAAGUCUUUCCACAUGCACGCCACUGCUUUACACUUUGGAAUAUAUUGGAAAAGAUCCCUGAAACUCUUGCUCAUGUAAUCAAACGGCAUGAAAAUUUCUUGCCAAAGUUUAACAAGUGCAUCUUUAAUUCCUGGACAGACGAACAGUUUGACUUGAGAUGGUGGAAGAUGGUUACUAGAUUUGAACUUCAAGAUGACGAAUGGAUCCGGUUGCUGUAUGAAGAUCGUAAAAGAUGGGUGCCUACUUAUAUGGGAGAUACUUUUUUCGCUGGAAUGUGUACAACUCAGCGUUCUGAAAGUAUGAACUCUUUCUUCGAUAAAUACAUACACAAGAAAAUUACUCUGAGAGAGUUUGUGAAACAAUAUGGGACAAUUCUACAAAACAGGUAUGAAGAGGAAGCAAUUGCAGAUUUUGAUACAUGGCACAAGCAGCCUGCAUUAAAAUCUCCUUCUCCUUGGGAAAAACAAAUGUCAACAGUUUACACUCAUGCAGUAUUCAAAAAGUUCCAAGUUGAGGUUUUGGGAGUAGUUGGCUGCCAGCCAAAGAAAGAACAUGAAGAUGGACCAACUACUACAUUCAGAGUUCAAGACUGUGAAAAGGAUGAAUAUUUCAUGGUGACCUGGAAUGAAACAAAGUCAGAGGUUUCUUGCUCCUGUCGUUUGUUCGAGUACAAAGGUUUUCUUUGUAGACAUUCACUGAUUGUUCUCCAAAUUUGUGGCCUCUCAAGCAUCCCAUUUCAUUAUAUUUUGAAGAGAUGGACAAAAGAUGCAAAAAGCAGGCAAUCAAUGGUUGAAGAAACAGAGCGAGUACAGACUAGGGUGCAACGCUACAAUGAUUUAUGCAAACGAGCCAUUGAAUUGAGUGAAGAAGGAUCAAUAUCUGAGGAAACUUAUAAUAUUGCUUUCCGCACACUUGUUGAAGCUUUAAAGAAUUGUGUGAACGUGAAUAACUCUAAUAAUACUGUUGUAGACUUUAGCGGCACUGUACAUAGUAUUCGUGAAGCAGAAGAAGAGAAUCAAGGAAGCCUUGCAUCAAAAACAAGUAGGAAGAAAAUUACAAAUAGGAAAAGAAAGGUGCAAGCAGAGCAAGAUGUUAUACUUGUGGAAGCACAAGACAGCUUGCAGCAAAUGGAUAACUUAAGCUCAGAUGGUAUACCCCUUCCUGGAUAUUAUGGUGCCCAACAGAAUGUGCAUGGACUGGUACAGUUGAACUUAAUGGAGCCACCCCAUGACAGUUACUAUGUUAACCAGCAGAGUAUGCAAGGGCUGGGACAACUGAAUUCAAUAGCACCCAAUCAUGAUGGUUUUUUUGGGACUCAACAAAGUAUUCAUGGGCUGGGACAAUUGGACUUUAGACCAUCAACUAGCUUCAGUUACAGCUUGCAGGAUGACCCUCAUUUGAGAUCUUCACAGUUGCAUGGCGAUGCUUCAAGACAUUCAUGAGGAAGAAACGCCUGCCAUCUUGGAGUUGGUUGACGUUGUACUUAGAACUUGUUUGUAAUCAUAAACUAAACCAGGUAGUGGCUCGAGAUCUCUCUUUUGACGUCUUCUCUCUUUCCAGUUCUGAGGUGCGCUGUUUAAGCCAAACGUUAACUUCCAUAGAGAAGGUAAAUCCUCCAUGUGUAUUCGUAUAUGAAGGGGAUGACCUUGCCAAUUCGUUAACCUUAGCGUAACACUGUAUCACAAUGGGCAAGCAGUGCAAUCUCAUGUCAAGUGUAUUUUAGAUUCAUUUAGUGGACUCGAAUGUACCAACCAAUCAAUGCCUAGUUAGUGCAAAUAUUGUGAUUAAUGCGCUGAAGAUGAGAAUUUCAUACUGUUUGCUGAGGCGUGCACAUUUUCUAGCCUUCUGUAGUUACUUCUUCGUAAAAAAGCUCGUGGCGUUGUUAUGGUUGAAAUUGGGAUACCAACUUCAUUUAUCUGAGUUAGUUUUCAUGUAAAGGUGGACAGCUUAUUGCAAUUUUCCUUCGAGGCAAAGGGAUUAUGGAUGCCUGGAGAGUUUAAAAUUA